GCGUCGAAAAUAAACAAUAGACCAAGCGAGAGGGAUAGAUUUUGGACCUUCCAAAAACUUAGUAAAAUUAAAUACAAACGGGAUUUCAGUGGUCAUACCGCCUCUAAAUUGGAUAACACACGUCUCAGUAAGCAUGGAAAACGGAUUUUCGUUGCGAGUGAGUGUGUUCUCCGACCAAGGCGGUAGGAAAUAUAUGGAGGAUGUGACCGAGGUUGUAGUGGAGCCCGAGCCGGGAGAGGAUGAGCUUGAGUCGCCCGAACAAGGCGAUGCAAAAGUGGACAGCAGUUCAGCUGCGGACAGUACGCCGGUUAAGGUGAUUCAAGAGCUGCCUGCAAGCGGCCCAUGCAACGGCCCAUUCCCCUCACCGACACCCACCAAGGUGGCAUGGACUCGUAACAUCACAAGCGACGGGGAAAGUUGUGCAGUGGCAUCGGUGCAGAGCGAAACACCGACUGAUGAGACUCGUCCACUGCGUUCUGUGGCUUAUUUCGCAGUAUUUGACGGCCAUGGAGGUCGAGAAGCAGCGCAGUUUGCACGGGACCAUCUUUGGGAUUUUAUAAAGAAGCAGCGGGGCUUUUGGUCAAAUGACGACGAGGAAGUGUGUGCAGCGAUCCGAAAGGGCUUCGUUGCUUGCCACUACGCCAUGUGGAGAAAGCUGCCCGAGUGGCCGAAGACUCUGACGGGGCUGCCCAGCACGUCGGGGACCACGGCCAGUGUGGUGGUGAUUCGGGGCGACCGCAUGUUCGUGGCCCAUGUGGGGGACUCGGGCGUGGUGCUGGGGGUGCGGGACCAGCCCUCUGACCAGUUCCUCCACGCCCUGGAGGUCACGCAGGACCACAAGCCUGAGCUGCCCAAGGAGAGGGAGCGCAUUGAGGGCCUGGGGGGCAGUGUGAUUAAGAAGUCGGGAGUGAACCGUGUCGUGUGGAAACGUCCCAGGCUCACUCACAACGGUCCAGUCAGGAGGAGCACCGUCAUCGACCAGAUCCCCUUCCUGGCCGUUGCCCGCGCCCUGGGUGACCUGUGGAGCUACGACUUCUACAGCGGGGAGUUUGUGGUGUCCCCGGAGCCGGACACGCGGGUGGUGAGGCUGGACCCACGGCGGCAUCGCUACAUCCUGCUGGGCAGCGACGGGCUGUGGAACAUGGUGCCCCCGCAGGACGCCGUGGCUAUGUGCCAGGACAACGACGAGGCCAUGGCGCAGGGCGGGGUGUCGAGCGCCCGGCAGCUGGUGAGCCACGCCCUCCUGCGGUGGCGGCAGCGCAUGCUGCGCGCGGACAACACCAGCGCCAUCGUGGUGGCCCUGCAGGAGCCCGGCCUCGCCCCCGCGCCCCUGCACCACGAGGAGGUCCUGCUCAACCUGGCCGAGGGCCCCCGCUCCGGCCCCGCCUCCGGGUCCCGAUCCAACACCCCGCUGGUGGCGUCCCUGGACGUGAAGGCGCCGUCCCCCGUGUGUGAGCUGGUGCCGGCCCUGGAUCGGCGGAGCGCUUUUUCGGAAGCGCCGCUGUGCGCCCUGUCGGAUCCCCUGCCCCUCUGCAUGGCCCCCCCGGAGGGCCGGUCGCCGGAGAGCAGGGCUCUGGCCGUCCGCACUAACGAGGGCCUGGCGCCCCCCACUAAACGGCCCCUGCAGAACUGCCCCGGCCCGGCGGGCAAGAAGGCCCGGCGGAGCUCCCCCCACCGCAGGAACACUGACCGCACCCCGGGGCGCCGCGGCUCCAAGGGCCAGAAACAGCCUCCCAACGUCACCGACCUCCUACAGCACCGCAAGGCCACUGUGUGUGUGUGCUGAGCAGCUCUGUGUAUAUAUACACACUCACUCACACACACACACACACACACUCUCACACACACUCACACACAUACAC